CAGUUCGUCGUCUUCGCUCGCAGCGAAUUAGAGCCUUGCGAAUAAAUCGCGAAAUCGCGGCGCGGCGCGCUGCUGCAAGCUUGCAGGCUUGAAAGCUAGGAAAGCCACGCGAGCCCCUGGGAAAUUAGUUCAAACGGUCUCGUUAAACCGACUUCAGAUUAGUAGAUUUACGGACGCGGUGUUUUGGCGUUCAUCUACGGUUACGGGAGGUUUUCACUCUACUGGGAGAAGAGGUGCAACACCCCCGUCGCUGCUUCCAAAACAGUUUUGCGGUUGGACGCAGAAUCACGUUGGCAUUACGAUGAAGACAAGACCGAGCAGGCUAUUCCUCGCAGUGGCCGCGAUGAGCAUGACGAUGUCCUUGGCGACGCCGAUCAUUCCCGUGCCGAGAAGAGCGACGAAUGAGGUCGUCGAUGGCAAUUCCAGUUCCGAAGGCCCGAUCACAAGACAUCGGAAGGUGACAGGCCCUUGCCUCCGCAUUGCUCCAGACUUACCGCCCUGUAACUUUGACACGCAGGCCACUUGGCAUUCAACGAGCGGUGAGAUCUUUCGCAGUGGUUCGGAGUCCGGUUACCCCUCGGGAUCGGCCACGGAAUUUUUGCUCGGCGGAGGUAGCGCCGAUAUUCUGAAGGGUAACCCCGUCCUGUUGGAAGAGGGUAGCGCGACGUUACCGAGGCGGAAAAGUUUCGAGGAAUUCGAGAUGUACGCAAACGAUCUUGCCGUCACCAUAGUUUAUUAUUUGGAGGGCUGUUUACCGUCGAGACUUCCCUUUGAUCUUCCGACGUGUCCUGUCGAGGAGUCGCAGAAGAUACUAUUGAACAAGCUGAUCCCCUUCCAGCUACCCGAUAUCCAUGAUGCGAUGAUAUUCCCCGAGAUCGACAUCGAACAGAUCGAAAUCGCUCAUCGUCGAAACACGCAGAAUCUCCAGGCCGAGUGCGUGAGUCACGAGGCAAGCAAGGACGAGAAUAAGAGCGGAAGAGAUGCCGGUUUUCGUAAAAUCGAGACGAGUUACACCGACCUGGAUGAUUCGGCGAAGGGUUCGGGGUCGGGUUCUCAGGACUUCCACAGCACGAUGGUGAAGAAGAGUAUGAGGCCGAGGACGGGAAUGGCCAGCACGAAAUAUUCGAAGAAGCUACCGAAGUCAGGACAGGUGCCGGCAGACUCGGGGUAUCCUUGGACGACUGUAAAAGACGAGGAGAGAUCGGUUGGUGUGGACGAAGACGAGCCGCGAACAGUAACGAAGUUCCAACCCCUGCAGGAUGGGACCCGGGAAAACAACCGGGUUGAACUUCCGGCCGGGAUCGAUGAUGUUGGGAGUAGAGAAAGGAUCGACGGAGCGGAAUGCGAGCACGCGAGAGCGGCGGAGGUCGUCGAUACCCUCGCUAGGGAUAAAAAUAGGGUGCAGUGAGUGAACGGGGCGAUUUAUAUUAUAGUCUCGACGUGAGCCAACGAACGAAAAUACUAUUUGGCGGGACGUUUUUGCGAACAGCUGGGCAAGGCCCAUUUCAUAGGGUAUGUAGGUGUAAAAGAUUAGGUCGAGAUAGAUGAGCUUUGAACGGGGAUGGAAUUCCUGUGGGCGAAGGCCGGAGAACGGGAAACUGAGAAACGGAGCAGCUUGGCUCAGGGGUAGGUCUGUAUAACUGAAUUACCGGCUCGCCCCUCGGAGCUAUUUUCCUGCAGCCAGGAGAUCGAGACCUAAAUGCUUAAGCAAGGUGCACGGGAAUUAGAUCUGGAGUUUUAAAUACUCUGCUGUCUUCGUUAGCUCGAAAUUCGUGAAUCGUCAGUUUUUAGCAACGCUGCAGAUGCAGCAAGAGGACAAACGAGGCGACUAAAAUUCAUUUCGGGGGUUAACAAUACCCCAUGAUCACAGCGUUCGGAUGUGUACAUACUUGCGAUUCAUUGAUUAUGGAAAUUGGAAACAAAGAAAAAAAAAUGAUUAGAACUGAUUGUAUUCUUACGAUUUUUAGCGAAACGUUGAGGCUUGUUCCAGGUAUGCAUGUGGCCAAUUUGGUAAUGUCCAAAUUAUAUGUGAUUUGUUAUUGAAAUGUUUCUUCGCUGUUUCCUUGUUACUUUGAAUUUCUCUACGAUAUGGUAAUAUCUAAAAGUUGAAAAAUUUUGUUAGUCGAAAAUCGGAGUCGUUCACAUUUAGGUUAACGAAAUGAAUAUGGAAUUUUUGAAGUGAGCAUCACAGCAGCAACGACGGGCGAAUGUCUUUUUAUCUUUUAUAGUAAUUCAUGCAUUUACGCGGGUAAUUUUAACUGAUAUAGUCGUUGGGUGGUGAAAGUGUACUUUUGAGGCACUAUAGGUAUUAAAUUGGGUCGAAACUGAGAAUUGUACAAUUCACAAACCCUCGCCUCAACUUAGAAGACUACCCCUAGGAAACACUUAUUGUAGUAACGAGUUAUCAAUUUUUAAUUUUUUUUUCUUCCUAAAUUAAAAAUCUGUUUCAGAAAUAUUUCGCAUACAUUCCUUGACGGGUUCAUACGCCCUUGAAGUACUCUUUCAAUUCGGUUAGAUGGCUAGAAGUAUAUAAUAUAUUGAUCUGUGAAAUGUAACUUGAGAGUUUUAAACGGUUAAGGUAAUAUCUUUAUCAUAUUCCUAGUGCAUUAUGUCCGGAUACAUUUUCGAAGAUAGAGAUUUCAGUUAACGAAAUAAUGAAUAGUUAAACCUAUGAAGCGUUCCUAAAGCUUUCAAGUCUGAAAGUAAUUCGGGCGGUUCGUGGCUGUGCGAUCCUUAGGUAUCUAGAUAAUUAGUUAGAUACAAUGAAUUUAGACAUACUGCGUUAAGAAA